CGCAGCCGCCCGGGAGUCCGGCCAUCGGUCCCGCAGGCUGCGGUGGCGUCCGAGCCCCUGCCGCCACUGCCGCCGCUUGCCAUGGGCCCGGGUCCCCGGCUGCUGCUACCUCUCGCGCUCUGCGUGGGGCUCGGCGCGCUCGUGCCCUCUGCGGGGGCCUCGGGCGUCAGCAGGCGAGGCCCCUCGGUGACGGCCAAGGUCUUCCUCGAUGUGAGGAUCGGAGACAAAGAUGUUGGCAGGAUUGUGAUCGGCCUCUUUGGAAAGGUUGUGCCCAAGACUGUGGAAAAUUUUGUCGCUCUGGCCACAGGCGAGAAAGGAUACGGAUUUAAAGGAAGCACAUUUCAUCGCGUCAUCAAAGAUUUCAUGAUUCAAGGAGGAGACAUCACCCAUGGGGACGGCACCGGCGGUAUAAGCAUUUAUGGUGAGACAUUUCCAGAUGAGAACUUCAAACUGAAGCAUUAUGGCAUUGGGUGGGUCAGCAUGGCCAACGCAGGGCCCGAUACCAAUGGCUCUCAGUUCUUCAUCACCUUGACCAAGCCCGCCUGGUUGGAUGGCAAACACGUGGUAUUUGGAAAAGUCCUUGAUGGAAUGACAGUGGUCCACUCCAUAGAACUGCAGCCGACUGACGGGCAUGACCGCCCGCUCACCAACUGCACUAUCGUCGGCAGCGGCAAGAUAGACGUGAGGACGCCCUUCGUGGUCGAGGUCCCUGACUGGUGAUACAACAGGCAGAAAACAGAGAACACACUCUGGCAGGGAUGCGUGUGUGUGUGUGUGUGUGUGUGUGUCUUUUGAUUCUCCAAAGUUAUUGUUUGGCUUUGUUCGUUUUUUGUUUUUGUUUUUUACGUCCGUUCUCCACCCUCGAUCACAUCAACCACUCAGCGUUUACUCCGCAUGGAUUGUGGUCCGUCGCUUGCCUUGGGACUCCGCAUGCAGAAGACACAUCCUAGUCCUCCGGUGGUGCUGU